AUGGAAUUAAAGAAAACUACAUCCAGGGCCUACAAUGCUGCUCUCCUGCUGCCACUUUUCCUCUUAUUUUGGGGAACCUCACACUCUGAGAACGACAGCAGCUGUUCCUCAUCCCCCUGUGAAAAUGGGGGGAGCUGUGAGGAUUUGGAAGUGGGUUACCAGUGCACCUGCCCCGUGGAGCCUGUAGCCUACAUGGGCAUAAACUGUGAACUCCUGUAUGAUGCCUGCAUUAAACAUGCGUGUCCUGCCCAUAGGAUUUGCAACAGGACUCCAGGACUCCUGGAAUACAAAUGUAUCUGUAUGCCUGGCUUCUCAGAUAGCGAGUGUAACGUUAACGAGUGCGAGAGCAACCCUUGUGACGGCCCUGGCUUUGCAUGUGUGGACGAUGUAAAUGGGUACACCUGCAGAUGCCAAACGGGACUGAACGGAGAAGGCUGCCAAACAGAAAGCUCCGGAUGCUCCAGCCACCCCUGCCUAAAUAACGGGACGUGCGUGCAGGGCCCUGGGGGUUACACCUGCCUCUGCCAGCCUGGCUUUGCCGGGGCCGACUGCAGGGACAACGUCGAUGAGUGCGCCUCGAGCCCCUGCCAGAACGGAGCCAUCUGCCGAGACGGGGUGAACGAGUACAGCUGCUUCUGCGUGCCCGGCUUCCAGGGGUACAACUGCGAGAUCGAUAUCAACGAGUGUGCCUCCCGGCCCUGCAAAAACAACGGCACCUGCCUCAACGAGAUGGAUCACUACGUCUGCACCUGCGUUCCCGGCUACACAGGUGUGAACUGUGAUGCUGAAAUAGAUGAAUGUGAUUCAGACCCUUGCCAGAACGGGGCCUCGUGCAACGAUCGCGUUGGGUUCUACACCUGCACGUGUGCGCCGGGUUACCAGGGGCUCCAGUGUGAGGUGGACGUGGAUGAAUGUGUCAGCCAGCCGUGCCAGCACAACGGGACGUGCCGUGACCUCGUCAACAGCUACCGUUGUGACUGCAGUGACACCGGCUUCGAGGGGGACCACUGUGAGUUGGAUAUCCUGGAGUGUGCCUCCGAACCCUGCCUGAACAGUGCCACGUGCGUGGAGGGAAUCAAGAACUACAGUUGUGCCUGCUGGCCAGGUUACGCAGGGCAGCAGUGUGAAGAGGACGUGGAUGAGUGUGCAGCAGACCCCUGCCACAACGGAGGCGUAUGCUUUGAGCGCUCCAACCCAGCCUAUUACGGGACACGACCUGACUUCCCCAGUAAUUUCAGCUACAGCCAGGCAGCUGGUUUCCUCUGCUGGUGCCAGCCAGGCUUUGCAGGGGAGACCUGCUUUACGAACAUCGAUGAGUGCGAGUCCCGGCCGUGUCAGAAUGGAGGGCUCUGUGAGGACCUUGUCAAUGGCUUCCUCUGCCGUUGCCCACCGGGCUACUCAGGUGUGGAAUGUGCUGUUAACAUCAAUGAGUGUGAGGAGGGUCCCUGCAAGAAUGGAGCUGUCUGUGAGGAUGGCAUUGCUGACUAUACCUGCCACUGUGCCCCUGGCCAGGAUGGCAUGGUAUGGGGAGGGAAGAACUGCUCUGUCCAGCUCACUGGGUGCCAGACGCAUGACUGCCAAAAUGAGGCCUUGUGCAUCCCAACCUACCAAGCUGAGAGCCACGGCCACCUGUGCCAGUGCCAGCCUGGUUUCUAUGAUGCCACAUGCUCAACACCAACAACGUUUUCCUUUGCUUCCAGAGGGUAUCUCCUCAUUGAGCUGCCCGUGAACAAUCAGAGCAGGAGGGACGUAGCAGGAGAUCAGCUUGCCAGCGUGUCCCUCCGGUUCCGAACCACCUUGCCCAGCGCUAUCCUUUUUUACCGAGGCCACGAAGCUGAAUACUUGUUCCUGGAGCUCCUGGAUGGCAUUCUGCAUGCAGGACUGAGGAAGGAGGAUGUUUGGUACCCGCUGCUCCUGGGGGAGCUGAGAGUCGAUGAUGGCCAGUGGCAUAAGGUUGAAGUUGUGCUGCAGAGCAGGGUGCAGCUGAAGCUCUGGCACGACUCUUGUGACGCAGGUGUCUGCCUGCAGAGCUCUCCUGUCCUGCACGGCACUGCCCGGAUCCCGCAUGCCUUCCUGAACGCGUACAUUGGAGGUGUUGAGGAUCCAAUGGCCAACAACACGAGGAGCCAGCAAGGCUUUGUUGGCUGCAUGGAAGACUUUUGGGUGGAUGCUGAAGCUGUGCUCCCGGUGGAUCUGCCAGUGGGUGAAUCGUCCCCAGCGACACCGGGCUGUGCCCGGACAGAGUGGUGCCUCUCCCAGCCCUGCUUUCACGGCGGGCGGUGCGUGGACCUUUGGGCGACCUUCCGGUGCGACUGUUCCAGGCCUUACGGAGGCCCAGCUUGCUCACACGAGCGCCCAGCAGCAACCUUUGGCCUAGAGAAUUCCACCAGCUAUGCCUCUUUCACCCUUCCCGAUAGCCUCGGAGCAAACUUCAGCAUCUCCUUUUUCAUGCGCAGUCGGAAACCUGACGGUUUGCUAUUGCAAAUCGGCAACGAAACCGAGCCCUGCCUCACCCUAUACCUGAAGAACGGCAGGCUGAAGGUAGAGACGUCACCCGCGGAGACUGUCACCUUCCCAGAGAACGUGGUUGACGGGAGAAGGCAUUUGGUGGAGCUGUCUUUCCACGGGGAAACUGUCGGUGCUCACCAGUCGGGGACGUACCUGGAGCUAGGACAGCUGGUAGCAAGACCUCUGCUGGCGGGUUACGAAGCGUAUGUUGGCGGGCAUCCUGACCCAGCGAGCGCUGCUGUGUGGGGCGGCUACUUCAAAGGCUGUUUGCAGGACAUCCAGCUCAGUGGCCACCAAAUACAGUUUUUUCAGGUUGAGAACGACAGUCUGCCGCAGGAGCUCAGCGGGACUCAAAACGCCAACCUUGUGAAUGGCUGCAUCUCCGACGACACCUGCAGGUCUGAACCGUGCCAGAAUGGUGGCCGAUGCCUCGUCACUUGGAACGAUUUCCAUUGCAGCUGCCCAGCAAAUUUCACCGGGAAGUUUUGUGAAGAGCGAGUCUGGUGUGAGAGUGACCCGUGUCCUGAAGCUACCACCUGUGUAGAUGUCCUAGCAGGAUACGUGUGUCUGCCGAAUGCCACAUUUAAUAGUCUGGCUGCCCUUGAAUUUUCCACCAAUGCGUCAGUGACGAGAACUCUGAGCAGCAUCCACGUGGAUUUCAGAACCAGGGAUGAAGAUGCAGUUUUGCUUUGGGCUGUGGAAGAAGUGGAUUCCCUCCAGGUAGCCAUUAAGAACGCCUCCCUGCUUGUUGACAUCAGGAGUGGAAAUGGCAUCGAAGGUGUCACCUUCCUGAGCCAGAAGCCGGUCACGGACGGUGCCUGGCACAGUGUCGCUGUGUCCAUGGAAGAGCCAGCUGCGCUUUCUUCCAGAUGGCUGGUUCGUUUGGAUGGGUCUGACAACGUGACCCUGCAGGGAAAUGCUGGGAGCUUGGACUUCCUGAAGAACAGCGCGCCGAUCCUUCUAGCCGAGAAUUUCACUGGCUGCCUGGGAGCGGUGGCGAUCGGGGGGAUCUACCUGCCCUUCACUGCCCGCCUCCCGUACCCCCAGCCGGAACAGUUCCAGCA